GGUGCGACUUUGGAGAUGCGCGGAGCUGAGACACUGACAUGGAAAACAGUGAAGUGAUCGGAGCAAGCUUGUUGACGCAUAAUCCCGCCCGCCCCGCUGGCACUGGGAGGGGGCAAAUCUAGCCUGCCUAAACUCAAAUCCUCCACAAGAGAUUUACGGAGUGCGCUGCUGCGAGUUCAGCCACCUUCAAGACGGUUUUUCUUUCAUUUUUGCCCUACACGCGCUCUAUGGUGAUAAUGAGCAUAUUUUGGGGAGAUGAGCAUGCAGGAGUCCUAACGCGCUAUCAUAAUUAAAGGCAUUAAAUCUACUGCUGGAAUCGGCACUGUCACUGCGUCGCGGACGGUGGUUGCGCCCUGAGGUGGGGACAGGACCUGCUGGUACAUCAUCAUCAUCAUCAUCAUCAAAACAGGUAUUUGAUCGUGAUCGUGUUGAUUACACCGGAGAUCUGGAGCCAUGACAGGCCCCCCGCUGGUCCCACAGCCCGCCUGCUGACGGUACCGGGCAGGAUGGGAGCAGGUCUGCAGCUUUCAGGAUCCCGAACCAGCCGAUUUAUCAAUGGAGGAGGAGAGUGACACCCGGAAAAUCAACAACAGCUUCCUUCGCGACCACAACUAUGCAACCGAAGCUGACAUUAUCUCAACGGUUGAGUUUAACUCAUCGGGGGAGCUGUUGGCCACCGGGGAUAAAGGAGGCAGAGUGGUUGUCUUCCAGAGGGAGCAGGAGAGUAAGAGCCAGCCCCAGCGUCGAGGGGAAUACAAUGUUUACAGCACAUUCCAGAGCCACGAGCCCGAGUUUGACUACCUGAAGAGUUUGGAGAUUGAGGAGAAGAUCAACAAGAUCAAAUGGCUCCCUCAGCAGAACGCCGCCUACUUCCUGCUCUCCACCAACGACAAGACGGUGAAGCUGUGGAAAAUCAGCGAAAGAGACAAGCGUCCAGAGGGCUACAACCUGAAGGAUGACGAUGGACGGAUCAGAGACCCCUCAACUAUCACCACGCUGCGGGUGCCGGUGCUGCAGCCUAUGGACUUGAUGGUUGAGGCUACAGCCAGGCGCGUAUUCAGCAAUGCCCACACCUACCACAUCAACUCCAUCUCUGUCAACUCCGACCUCCAGACAUACAUCUCUACGGAUGACCUCAGGGUGAACCUGUGGAACCUGGAGAUCACUGACCGCAGCUUCAACAUUGUGGACAUCAAGCCAGCCAACAUGGAGGAGCUGACGGAGGUGAUCACUUCAGCAGAGUUUCAUCCCCAACAGUGUCACACCUUUGCCUACAGCAGCAGCAAGGGCUCGAUACGCCUCUGUGACAUGAGAGAGGCCGCGCUCUGCGACAAACACUGCAAAUACUUUGAGGAGCCCGAGGAUCCCUCCACUCGCUCCUUUUUCUCUGAAAUCAUCUCAUCCAUCUCUGACGUGAAGUUCAGCCACAACGGGCGCUACCUGAUGACAAGGGACUACCUCACUGUCAAGGUGUGGGACCUUCAAAUGGAGAACAAACCACUGGAGACGUACCAGGUUCACGAUUAUUUACGUGGCAAACUUUGUUCUCUGUAUGAGAAUGACUGCAUCUUCGACAAGUUUGAGUGUGUCUGGAAUGGAUCAGACAGCGUCAUAAUGACCGGCUCCUACAACAAUUUCUUCCGCAUGUUUGACCGAAACACCAAACGCGACGUCACACUGGAGGCGUCCAGAGAGAACAGCAAACCCAGAGCCAUUCUCAAGCCUCGCAAGGUGUGUGUGGGUGGGAAGCGGCGUAAGGAUGAGAUCAGUGUAGACAGCCUAGACUUCAGCAAGAAGAUCCUUCACACAACGUGGCACCCGCAUGAGAACAUCAUCGCUGUAGCGGCCACAAACAACCUCUACAUCUUCCAAGACAAGGUCAACUAAAGGGCAGUCUGCCCCUGCUGACCACUGACCCCCAACACAUGAGGGGGCUGCAGGGAGAGCUGGAGCUGGAGAAAGACAGAGAUGGAGCCCUUAUCUACAUCCUUCUCCUCCUCUCCCUAUGUCUUGUUGCUGCCGGUCUUUAAGUUUGCCGCUCUGCUGAGGAUGUGCAGAGAUCGUAUCCAGUGACUGAACUGAGGACAAAUUUAAGAACCUGGAUACAGCGUGAGGAAAAAGGUUCCCAUAAAUCAAGAAUGGAUUUUCAUUCUUCAUUUGACUUCUAAUUUAAUUUAUUUAGCCAUGCGGACACCUGGAGACGUGAAUCCUGUGCAACAAGAGGAUUGCUGCAUGAAUGACAUGAUGUAGCAGCCCUCCGGACCCUGCAGAACGGGGCUGGAUGUGGGUACACUGAACAUAAAGUAGAGCACACACAGACAGAACCCCUUGCUUUCAUGACGGUGGCUCAUUGUCAUGUAGCAACAGUGCCCCCUCUCUUUCACUCUGUUCAUGCUCCAGUGCAUGUGAUCAACCCUGCGGCCUCUAACUGAGGGGACGUUUCGGACAGUGCAACCUGCUGCAGAAAUCCGACAAAAAGAGGAAGAGACUGUUAAUCUCUGAACCCAGAAACUGAGAGUUUUCUCUGCCUGUGACACAACAUGGUCAGUCUUUCUAGUACCGAUUCUGUGUCUCCCUGGUGAGACUGCUGUAGUCUGUAAUGUGAAUGAAGCCCUUCCAGGCUGUGUCAAUGGUUUUAUUUAAUGCUGUUGUUUUAUUGAGUCCUUCGCUCGGUCAAUGAGUCUGUUUAGAAGCUGUGGUGCCUUCUUUUGGUAUGUGGGGGUUUGAUGUAGAGGGAGCGGGAGGGGGGAGGGGACUGACUACAAGGCAGGAGUGUGAAUGUUUCAAACGAAAUGUUAACCUAGGAAUUUUUCUUUUCUUUUUUUUCCUCUUUCUCUAUAAAGGAAAAUGUAAAAAAGUCCACUGAGGUCCCAAGUGGAAGAAAGUGCUUGAAGCGAUGUAGUCAUGAUUACAUUAUAGCACCGGCUACUUGCUUGUGAGUUCAGGGGAGGACGCUGUGAUAUGUACAAAGUAAUUGUUGCUCUUAUCACAUUGCAGUCAGUCUGAUGUCAUUAGUUCGCAAGAGACACGACAAAGCCACAUUAAAAUUUGAUUUGCAAAAUCCCUGUUGGAAAAGAAAAAAACACUCCUUGCCACAUUUUUAACUUAAUUGGAUUGUACUGAAAAUGAUCUGUAGAUGGUAGAGCAGUAAACUUUUCAUGUUGAAUUAUUGACCUUGAGAUUUCUUGGCGUAAUAUAAUGCUAGCAUAGCUCUUUCUGCAUGCAUUGGAUCUGAUUCUUAUGAAACUGACAGCCUGCAUAUAGAUAUUUGGACAUCUACAGAUCAUCUGAAGCACUAUGCAAGUAAAAUAUUCAGCUUUCUCCGGAAGUUUUUAAAAAGGGUUUGAUUUAAGGUUGCUGCGGUGCCUGUCCUUGUCUUAUUGAAGAUGGGUGACGCGGAGCAGUAGCAGGUUUGUAUUUUGGCACUCGGCUCUGAUCAGUUUGGAGUUCCUCAUUUGUCUUAGAUUUGUUUGAAGAGCCAACUCCCGUAACGAAAAGCAGUCAAAGGUCUAAAUGAACUCCGUGAAAUCAGGGAAUUAUUAAGUGUGAUUCCUUUAAACAGUAAUGUCUUCUAAACAACCUCCUUUGUGACACUUCUAAUUGAAACAAAAAAAAAAACAACCUUUUAUAGCUCAGAAUGUAUUGAAAUGCAAUUAAUUACCAUGCAGUCUUUAUGCUUACUGGACUUUCUUUGAAUAAAAAAGAAUAAAGAUG